CUUAGUCUAUAAUAUUUUCACAAAUUCUUUUCGCAAAAUAAUUCUAUAUAUUUUUUUUAAGAAUUACAAUAUUAGUUUUUCAGAAUAUAAUGACCGCGCUACAAAUACUAGUUGAGAAAAAAAGAUACAUAGCUUUCCUUGCUUUUGAGAUCAAUUUAAGUGACAUUUUGAACAUUUUCUCUUCUUCCCACAAAACUAUAGAUUUUUUUUUUAAUUGAAAGAAGUAGGAGAGCCAAGCAGUUGCCUAUGGAAAACAAUAAUAUUAAUAAAUUAGAAGUGUGUACAAAUUUCAUCAAGUUAGACGACGGCUUCGUCCGAGUAUUUCUGUGUGUGUGUAGAAAAACAACUACUGACUUCAAAUCAUGCUCCCAAUACUUCCUUCCUUUUAGGAACAAAUAUAGUUUUUGCAGAUCAAUGGGUUUGGGGAAUGAGGUGCAGAAGAUUUUAAGCUGGACAUCUGUGUGUGGUAACCUUGGACUUCAUUUGAUCUGGCUCAUCUUACACUUGAUCAUCAACAUUUGGUACUCUGUAUUGGGCAUAGCACGUAUGAUGGAGAAUGCCCUUAUUUCUAGUGGGCUGCGAAAGAGUUACAAUGCCGUUAACAUUAGUAAAGUGCGCUACCUGGCUGUUGUGAUUGAGAGUGAAGAAGCUCGCCAAACUUCAAAAGUUCUAGAAUUAUUGCGUUGGCUUGCAUCUAUUGGUAUAAAAAGUAUCUGCCUCUAUGAUAGAGAAGGAGUGCUGAAAAAGUCACAGGAAGCUAUUAUAGAAGGAUUAAACAAGUCCCAGAAAGCCAAUGUAGAAGGAUCGGGUCAUGGAACCUUGCUUGAGCAUGUUUCCUUUGCCGAUACCCUUCUGUGCCACAAGCAUAUGGAUCUGGAGUUUGUCUCUUUUGCUGAUUCAAAACCUGCUGUGGCCAAAGCAGCUAAUUUACUUUUUGCCAAGCAUUAUGCCACCGCAAAACCAGAAAAGCCGAAUUUUACAGAGUCUGACAUGUCUGAGGCGCUACAAGCAGUAGGUUAUGUGGGACCGGAACCUGAUCUUUUAUUAGUUUACGGUCCUGUGAGAUGUCACACGGGUUUUCCGGCAUGGAGAAUCCGGUACACUGAGAUUGUACAUAUGGGGCCCUUGAAGUCCAUGAAAUUUGGUUCCCUUAUAAAAGCCAUCCACAAAUUCACAAAGGUGCAUCAAAACUAUGGCCAAUGAAACACUUGCAGGUGGAUUGAUUUUUUCUCGGACAACGGCGUUGGUACACUUCUCACAAUUUACAACAUGCAGCCAGCUUCAUCUUAUAUAUUUAUACUACUCCAAGAUUUCAUCCAAAAAUGGGGGGCGUCAAACCUUUAACAAAUACCCCUGUUUUAACUAUUGUUGUGACAUUGUGUUUUAUAACUAGUUAGAGAUGCAUCUUCAGGAGAUUCUCUUCUUGCGAAAACUACAGGAACUUAUGGGGGUAUUAGUGAAUUGGAGCAAAGCUGUGAAUUGUGAUAAUGACAGUAAAACUAUAUAGGGUGAGAAA